UAGAAUUAGAUCAGCGGGUGAAUAUCUAUAGCACCUAUCAGCUGAACGAUGAAAUGAAAAAAAUCAUAGCGUGCGCUUUAUCUGGAGGUAUCGACAGUUUUGUGGCUUCAUAUUUACUAAAAAGAGAAGGUUUACAUAUAAUUGGAGUAUUUAUGAAGAAUUGGGAUGUUGAAGAGGAACAAGGUGUAUGCUCCAAUAAACAUGAUUUAUAUGAUGUUGAAAAGAUUUGUAAUAAUCUAAAUAUAGAAUUUUAUCAAGUCAAUUUCGUGAAAGAAUAUUGGAACAAUGUAUUUUUGCCUGCUUUAGAUGAUUACAAACAAGGGUAUUAUACUCCAAAUCCUGAUAUAUUAUGUAAUUCUGAAAUCAAAUUUGGAUGCUUUUUGAAUUAUUGUAUAAAUGUUUUAAAAGUCGAUGCAGUAGCAACAGGCCAUUAUGCAUCAAAUAGUUGGGACAUUAAAAAAGUUCUUUCUAGGCAAUAUGAUUCAAAUUUACAUAUACUUGAAAGACCACGUCUGAUUGCCGCUCGGGAUAUAAUAAAAGAUCAAACCUUUUUCUUGUCCAACAUAACUGAGAAAGCUCUUAGCAAAUGCAUUUUCCCAUUAUCCAACCUAACUAAAGAUAAUGUUAGAGCCAUUGCCAAAAAGACUGCCUUAGCUCCUCUAUUCUCUAAAAAAGCGGAAAGUAUGGGCAUGUGUUUUGUGGGUAAAAGGACAAAAUUUGAUCAAUUUUUAGCUCAAUAUUAUUAUGAUUUUCAUCCAGUUUACGAUAAAUAUACAGGCGAUAAAAAAAUAAAUAACCAAAAUAAUCAUACUAAAUCUAUGACAAAUAUGAAAGAUGAUACGAUAUUUAAGGAUGGUGAUGAGAAUUCUAUAAACGAUUUUGAGUUUAAAAUCAAUGAGAAGUAUCAAGCUUUUGAGGCUAAAGAAACAGAUUGCAUAAGCUCAAAUUUUCAAAAUAAUAAGCCUCAAAUGGAAAAUGAUUAUAUUCUGAAAGGAGAUCUAUCGGAUAAGAGAGAAUAUUACAAAACUGUUUUAAUAGACAUAGAUUCAAAUUUACAAGUCGGUUAUAUGAAAUAUAACAGAGAUUUGGAUAAUAAAGAAUCCGACCAGGAGAGCACAAAUUUCGUUACCAUAGGUCAGAGGAUCGAAAGGCGGAGAAUGAUUUACGCGAACGAAUCAAAAUCGCGUUCUUGCCAUACAAAACAAAAUAAGAAUGUUAGGUAUUACGUCGUAAGAAAAGAUUUGGCUGAAAAUAUCAUAUACGUGUCCUCCUAUUGGAACCACCCGUCACUCUACUCAACGAUGUUUACAACCCUCGCUCCUCAUUGGAUAAAUGGCUCUAUCGAAUCAUACAUGACCAAACCCGGUAUUAUGGAUUGCUUUUUCAGGCAUGUUAACAUCGAAGGUUGGUUUCCUUGCCGUGUAAAUAUAGAUUUAUCGUCUCCAAAUGUAAAAUUAAACGAUUAUUACGAUCGCUUAAAAAAUGAUACGACCCCAGAACACAUGCUGGUUGAAUUGAAGUACCCAAGUCGAGCCAUCACGCCUGGACAAUACGCCGUGUUUUAUAAAGACUCCGUUUGCUUGGGAAACGCUAGAAUCAGUCGCGCCUUACCUAAAGCAGCAACAUAUCAAAAUCUAACUCAGAAUUUAAAUAAUAUUAUUUAGUAAAUAAAAUGUUAAAUAGCAAAACUACUAGUCAAAUCGUUGUAUAUUUAUAUUUUUUAUUAUAGGGAAAUGUAUAUAGACGACGAUUAAAUUAAGAAUUAUAUAAAUAAAUAUAUCUAUAUAUAAAAUUUAAAUAUAUUUAUGAUUGCAUUGUAUAAUUUGUUUAUUUAUUAACAAAUAUAAU